GAUCUAUUCACUUGUCGUAAGGACGUAUGUACUUAAAACUUGCAUUGCGAAACAGUUUUGCUGGAAAGAUUCCUGCAGACUAACACCAAAGGUUUGGUAAUAAUGGAAUCCAAGUCGCUGAUAAGAAUCAAACCGCACGAAUUUAUUCACGUCCUAGACCUGAAAAUCAAUAUAACUCGCCUGGAAGUGGGGCCACAGACGUUUCACCUGCAGACACAUGAGCAGGUAGUGCUUGGUCCAGUCCCUAUGAUAUGCGUCCCACCUGGUCACUACUGCUCCAUUGAAAAUCCUGUCAGGAAGUAUGUUAAAGGAGAAAAAUGUGACUUGCGCCUGGGAGAGACAGCCAUAAAGUUCCAUGGGGAACCUUUUCCUCUAUACCCAGGGGAAACAUUGCCCUUGGUACCAGAUUUUGGCCUGAAAUCUGAAGAUUAUUCUAAAGCCCUUCAAGCCAUGCCUGUUGUUCCCAGCAGUUGUGCCUUACGCCUGCGUGCAGUUCAAGAUUUUCUUGAGGAUGGAAUCCAGAUUCCAGCUGGUCAUGAGUGGUAUGUGGAAGGUCCCAUGACUUAUAUUCCACGUCCAGAAGUGGAAGUCAUCAGUCUUGUCCAACCACUGGUCAUCAAGACUGGUGAAGUGCUGCGAAUAAGAGCAGUCCAAGAUACAAGGGACCAAGAUGGAAACAACCGUGUCACUGGAGAGGAAUGGCUAGUGACUGAACCUGGUGCUUACCUGCCUGGAGUCUGGGAAGAGGUGGUCGGGAUCGAGAAGAAAGAGACACUUAUAGAUACCGGCCUUUACCUGCAAGCAGUGCAAAAUCUGACAGACAGUGCAGGUGUUAACAGGUGCUCUGGAGACGAGUGGCUUGUGACAGGAGAAGAUGUUGAAGAAUACACUCCACAAGUGGGCAUCGUGGUAUCUAACCAUGUCAGAAAGAUUGUAAUUAAAAAGGACCAGUAUGCUGUCAUUAUCAACCCAGUUGGGCCUGAUGGCAAAAAUGCACUUGGCAGGCGAGAGCUUAGAAAAGGAUUGUGUAGCUUUUUCUUGCACCCAGGAGAGAUUUUGGAAGAUGGAAAAGUUCAAAAUGCUUAUUUGCUCACAGAAGAUGAGUCAAUGGUAUUGCAAGCUUGGGAAGAAUUUAAAGACACCAUGUUUAAUGACAGAAAAAGGAAACCAGGUGAAAGGUGGAUGAUAUUGGGUCCAUUAUUAUAUAUUCCUCCUACCUCUGUCAAAAUUAUAAAGAGAAGUAAGACCAUACCACUGAGCAAGAAUGAAGGCAUUUACAUUCAAAAUACUCAAACAGGCAAGGUCAGGGCAGUUAUGGGACCUACUGCCUACAUGCUGACAGAGUUCGAAGAACUCUGGGAAAAGGAGCUGCCAGAAGACACUGAGAGGCUGCUCAGACAAGGGGGAGGUGAAGGAUCUGCUGACAUUCGGAAAGUUGCCUACUUUGAACAGUCAAUUGAUCCUGCCAUCUUAAAGGGUAGAGACAAAACAAGGGUUGUGACAUAUCGAUGUCCUGGAAACACAGCAGUCCAAGUAAACAACUUCCAGCAGAAGACAGCUCGUGUUGUUUUUGGACCAGACUUGGUAGUCCUAGAACCAGAAGAAAGCUUUCAAGUGCUUAGUUUAAGUGGUGGGAAACCAAAGGUUGAGAACUCCCUGAAGUCACUAUGUUUGAUGCUGGGUCCUGACUUUAUCACAGAUAUUUUGGAGGUUGAAACGUCAGAUCAUGCUAGACUGCAUGUGCAAGUGGCUUUCAAUAACCAUUUUGAGGUUGACAAGAAUGAUCCAGAAAGUGCGAAGAAAAUAUUUUCUGUUCCUGAUUUCAUUGGCUUUGUCUGCAGACAGAUAGGGAGCCACAUACGAGGUGCUGUAGCUCUGACGCCAUUUGACGAUUUUCAUCGUCACUCAUCUACUGUCAUACAGACGGCUGUUUUUGGAAAGGAUGCCAAUGGACAGCUGAACACAUAUCUUAAAUUUGAUGUAAAUAAUCUGGUUAUUUCCAGUAUUGAUAUUCAGAACAUUGAGCCUGUGGACACAAAGAUGCGUGACAGUCUGAGCAAGUCGGUACAAAUGGCUAUUGAGAUUUCCACCAGGUCUGUAGAAGCAGCAGCAGAGCAUGAAGCCAAACGCAGGGAACAGAUAGCACAGGGUCAGCUGGAACAGCAAAGGCUGGCCAAUGAAGUAGAAGCAGAGAAAGAACGUGCCAAACUUUAUGAACUCCGUGCUCUGGCAGCAGCUGUAGAGUCUACAGGUCAGGCCACAGCAGAGGCUCAAGCACAGGCAGAGAAAACCAUUAUAGAGUGCCAGAGUGAAAUUGAAACUGUGAAGCUCAGAACAAGGGCAGAAGAAAUAGAGCAUUAUGCCAAGCUGGAAAUUGAAUCUUUGAUGCGGACACAAGAGAUUGAUUACAAGCAGAAGCUGACAAAGUUAGAGAUAAGCAAGGAGAAAACGUCUGCAGACAUUGAGGUGGACAAAUUUGCUAAGAUGGUGCACUGCCUUGGAACAGAGACUAUUACCUCAAUGGCAACAGGUGGCCAGCAGUGCAAGGUUCGUCUUCUGCAAGCAUUGGGUUUGGAAGCCACACUUUUCACAAAUGGCAUGAAUCCAAUCAACCUUUUUACUACAGCCUCUGGUCUGGUGGGUGACACAUCUGCUGAGUAGCAC